CCACAGGUAAAAAGAUUCUUUAGUUUAGUGAAUGUGGUAAAGCUUUCCCAUGGGCCAACUAUCUAUCUUUGCAGGCAUGAAAGAUGUCAUACUGGAGAGAAGCCCUCUGAAAAUACUCAGUGUGGUAAAGCCUUUGCACAACAUAGUCAUCUCCAAAGACAUAAGAGCACACAUACUGGAGAGAAACUCUAUGAAUGUAAGCCACGUGAUAAAGCCUUUACAUACGAUUCUCAGCUUCAAACUCUUGAAAGGAUUCAUACUGGAGAAAAACCCUACAAAUGUAAUCAAUGUGGUAAAGCUUUUGAACGUCGUUGUAAUCUUGGAAAGCAUAAACUAAUACAUACUGGAAGAAAAUCCUACAAAUGCAAUCAGUGUGGUAAAGCCUUUGCACGACACAGUCAUCUCAAAACGCAUGGAAUAACACAUACUGGAGAGAAACCUUACGAAUGUGAUCAAUGUGGUAAAGCCUUUGCAUAUCAUAGUUAUCUCCAAGUACAUAAAAGAAUACAUACUGGAGAGAAGCCCUAUGAAUGUAAUCAAUGUGGUAAAGCCUUUGUAGGUCAGAAUGAUCUUAAAAGGCAUGAAAGAAUUCAUACUGGAGAGAAACCCUACAAAUGUAAUGAAUGUGAUAAAGGCUUUGGACAUCACCAAAAUUUUCGAAUGCAUAAAAUGAUGCAUGCUGGAGAAAAACCCUACAAAUGCAAUCAAUGUGGUAAAGCCUUUUCACAAAACAGUCAUCUCCAAACACAUAAAAGCACACAUACUGGAGAGAAACCUUACAAGUGUGAUCAAUGUGGUAAAGCCUUUACAUCUCAUAGUUAUCUCCAAGUACAUAAAAGAAUACAUACUGGAGAGAAGCUCUGUGAAUGUGAGCAAUGUGGUAAAGCCUUUACAUCUCAUAGUUAUCUCCAAGUACAUAAAAGAAUACAUACUGGAGAGAAUCUCUAUGAAUGUAAUCAAUGUGGUAAAACCUUUGCAUCUCAUAGUUAUCUCCAAGUACAUAAAAGAAUACAUACUGGAGAGAAGCUCUAUGAAUGUGAUCAAUGUGGUAAAGCCUUUGCAUCUCAUAGUUAUCUCCAAGUUCAUAAAAGAAUACAUACUGGAGAGAAGCUCUAUGAAUGUGAUCAAUGUGGUAAAGCCUUUGCAUCUCAUAGUCAUCUCCAAGUACAUAAAAGAAUACAUACUGGAGAGAAGCCCUAUGUAUGUGAUCAAUGUGGUAAAGACUUUGUAGUUCAGAGUGAUCUUAAAAGACAUAAAAGAACACAUACUGGUGAGAAACCUUACAAAUGUAAUGAAUGUGGUAAGGCCUUUGUAGGUCAGAAUGAUCUUAAAAAACAUAAAAGAAAACAUACUGGAGAGAAACCUUACAAAUGUAAUGAAUGUGGUAAAGCCUUUGUAUGGAAUGGUAGUCUCCGAACACAUAAAGUAAUACAUAGUGGAGAGAAACCUUACAAAUGUAAUGAAUGUGGUAAAGCCUUUGCAUGUAACAGUAGUCUCCGAACACAUAAAGCAAUACAUACUGGAGUGAAACCUUUCAAAUGUAAGCACUGUGGUAAAGCCUUUGUAGGUCAGAAUUACCUUAAAAAGCAUGAAAGAAUUCAUACUGGAGAGAAACUUUACAAAUGUAAUGAAUGUGGUAAAGCCUUUGUAUUUGAUUCUAGUCUCCGAAAACAUAAAGCAGUACAUACUGGAGUGAAACCUUAAGAAUGUAAGCAAUGUGGUAAAGCCUUUGUAGGUCAGAAUGACAUUAAAAGGCAUGAAAGAAUUCAUACUGGAGAGAAACCUUACGAAUGUAAUGAAUGUGGUAAAGCCUUUGUAUGUAAUGCUAGUCUCCGAAAACAUAAAGCAACACAUACUAGAGUGAAACCUUAUGAUUGUAAGCAAUUUAGUAAGUUCUUUGCCUCUCAUGAUCAACUUUGACAACAUGAAAGAAUUCAUACUGGAGAGCAACCUUAAAAUGUAGUCAAUGUGGUAAAGCCUUUUCACAAUCAAGCCACCUCCAACUACAUAAAAGAACACAUACAUACUAAAGAGUAACCCUAUGAAUGUAACCAAUGUAGUAAAGCCUUUACUGUGAUCUUCAAAGGUAUGGUGGUUUAAAUAUACUUGGCCCAUGGCAAGUGGCAGUGUUAGGAGGUAUGGCCUUUUUGGAGUAGAUGUGGCCUUUGAGGAUGUAUGUCACUGUGGGGGAGGGUGGGCUUUGAGACCCCAUGCUUAAACUCUACCCAGGGCAGAAGAGUCUUCUGGCUGCCUUCUGAUCAAGAUGUAGAACUCUCUCCUCCAGCACCAUGUCUGCUUGGACACUGACAUUCCUUCCACCUUGAUAAUAGACUGAACCUCUGAAUCUGUAUACCUCCCCUCCCCCCAAUUAAAUGUCCUUUCUAAGAGUUGCCUUGGUCAUGGUAUCUUUUCACAGCAUUAAAACCCAAAUUAACACAAACAGCAUAAAAGAAACCACAUUAGAGAGAAACUAUGAAUGUACUAAAUAUGGUGAAGCCUUUGCACAUUUCAAUAGUUCUCACUAUAACAAAAGUAGUCAUACUUCCAUUCACUGAAACCCUGUGAAUGCAGAAAAUAACAUUCUUGAGAGAAGCCUUAUGAAUGGGCUCAGUUUGGUAAAGUCUUUGUGAAAUCUGCAUAAAUACCUAACAAUUCAAAAACAUGGUCAAAGUAAAUGCCAGGAGUCUAUUGGAAACAAGCUGAGUUAGAAGGGUAGGGGUUAUGAA